UCAGCAGAUUCACCUCUAAAUGAAGCCAAGCUCGCCACCACAGACAUAGGUCGCUCUGCGCGUAUUCCUACGAUACCAAGAACCCAACACCCAGCUCGUGUCGAUGACCAGAAUACCCCGAUGAGAUAGCUACACCCGAAAGCGCGACAAAGGGACAGCGUCUCUGAUCUUGCGCACGCCACAACGGACUCAGGGACCGACCGCGACCGCAACGAUGUCGCUGGAAGAUGUGGACUGGGACAAGCAGGCGGCUGAAGAUGACAAGAUACUGCAGCGCUUUCUCUUGAACCAGGAGAACCCAGAUGACCAGGGAGCCUUGAACCUCGACAGGCCGCUGGAGGUUGGCGAGAAGGCUGAUGACGCGGAGGACUUCGAAGACAUCAGCGACGACGACCUACCCGACGAGGAGGAAGCGACAAAUGGAGCUGGCGCUGAUCUGCCGGGCCUGACGGAUGAUGGAAGAACCAGCCAUGAUACCGAUGAUCUUUUCGGAGAGCUUCGCGGUUCGUCGCCUUUCGAAGGGGUGGACAGGCAUAAUGGGGUUCAAAUCAAGCAGCUCGACGAUUCGCAAACUACUCAAAGCAUAGGUAGUCGCCUGACUCUGCCUUCAUCACUGCCGUCUCUGGAUAAAUCUACCGAAUUUCCGUCUAUGAGCUUCGACCAAGAACCGAAACCAUCCGAUGAGGCGAACCAAGAUCUUUCCAUCCCAGCCCCCGCGGAGACUGAGGAGGAGUUGGUGAAGCAGGCAUGGCCUACGUUUGAGCAAGGUGUCACCAUCAACUGGAAUGAGUUGCUUCCGCCCAAGAAGGCACACUACAUCCCCAAACAACCUAUCAAGCCGCCAAAGCCAGUCAACCCGACAAGAGUCAGUUUGGAUCUCGCGCCGGAGCAGGAGAAGAGCUUUCGCGUCGCAGGGGCAUCGCAUCCCAACAAAUUACAGAGGAUCCAGGAGUCGGUGGCCAAAGGCAUUAUCCCGAUAUUGGAGGAGGAGUCGGACGAAGCAACAUCCGAAGAUGGCUUCGACUGGGAUACGCCGCCACCGGAUGAGGAGAUUGGAGGCAUAAGCUGGGCUGACUUGCAAGUCAUUUGUGAUGAUUGGGAAUCGAGAAUCGAGGCUUCCUCACCCGAGGUCGAAGAACGCCAGGCUCCUGAAGUUACCUGGGAUGAUGCGGACGAUGAGUGGUUCAGGGAUAUGGAGAUGCACCCAGAGAAACGCCAGAAAACGUCGAAACCGAAGGAGAUUGACAUUCUUAAAAUGCCGUCCUUUGCGGUGCCUUCCUUCGAUGAUUUUGAGCGUGCCACGGCGCGUGUUGCGAAGCGUGUCAUGCUCGACCUCAACGAUCCUCACCUCCUUGUCGAUGUGCAUCAGCCAAGCCAAACGGAUAGGCAGUUGCGCCUUGGUGGUAGUUUCAAACGUGGAGGAAGCGGCAACGUGUCGAAGAGCUUGUCGCAACGCUUCAACAUAUCUAACGAUGAAGCUUAUGAUGCUCUUAAGGAGAACCACCAGAACAAGGUCCGUGCCUUAAUUGGCAGCAUCACAGUCGAACAUAGUUUGCCGGCUCUGAAGUUGCAGUGGCCAUACUACAGAGUGAAGCUUUAUACCAAAGAGGCGCGUUCUUACCACAGACCCUCGUUGAAGUUUGGAAAGUUCAUGAACCACGUCAUUUAUUUCUCGAAGCCUGCGCAACGCAAGAGGAAGCACAUGAAGGGAUUAUCUACCCAGGAAAUUUUCAAGGAGUCCAAGGAUCUGUCACUGGCAGAUAACUCGACUGCUAUGCUUCUCGAGUACUCGGAAGAGCACCCGACGGUUCUGUCCAAUUUCGGAAUGGGCAACAGAAUCAUCAACUACUACCGGCGCAAAGACGCUGACGACGCGUUGAGGCCAAAGAACGAAAUCGGAGAGACAAGUGUGCUUAUGCCCGAGGAUAGGUCGCCGUUUGCGCAGUUCGGCACCGUUGAACCUGGAGAGACCGUGCCUACGCUCCACAACGCCAUGUUCCGUGCCCCUGUCUUCAAGCAGGAGCCGAAGAACACGGAUUUCCUGGUCAUCCGAAACACAACCGGAGUAAAUGGAACUUCUUGGCACAUUCGCAACAUUGACAAUAUCUAUGCUGUCGGACAGCAAUUGCCUUCGAUGGAGAUUCCUGGUCCGCAGUCUAGAAAGGUUACUAAUGCCUCGAAGAGCCGCAUGAAGAUGAUUGCGUUCAGAAAAAUCCGCCAUAACCCCGCCAACACCGUGAGGAUCGAUGAGAUCACCUCUCAUAUUACUGAUUCCAGCGAUAUGCAGAAUAGGCAAAAGCUGAAGGAGUUCAUCAAGUAUUACAAGGAUGAAAAGGUUUGGCGGGUCAAGCCAGGAGACGUUAUUCCAGAUGAGACCACAGUCCGCUCUUGGGUCAAGCCUGAAGACGUCUGCACCAUUGACGCUAUGCAAGUUGGCCUGAGACACUUGGAAGAUGCAGGUUAUGGUAGGGACAACCGGGACGACGGCUCCGAAGAGGAACAAGAGGGCGAUAGUUUGGAGCAGCUCCUUGCGCCUUGGAAGACCAGCAAGAAUUUCUUGGAUGCGGCAGCAGGAAAGGCUAUGCUGCAGCUCCAUGGCGAGGGCGACCCAACUGGCUGUGGACUGGCAUUCAGUUUCAUUAAGACGUCCAUGAAAGGAGGAUAUCUUGAUACCAUUCAAGGCCCUCAGGCAACUACGGAGGAUGCUAUCGCUCGUGAGCGCAAAGCAAAUGGUGGCCACAAGUACAACGUUGACAAGCAAAACGAGAUAUAUACGCGGGCCAUCAAGGGCAUCUGGGAGAAGCAAAAGGCCAACCUCUCCGAUACCGCAGAGCAUGCUGGCAGUGAAAUGGAACUAGACCAUCCGCUUGAGAUGGAGCAACCGUAUGGAAGAAACGCUACUCCGCACUCGGCAACCACGCCAGCGAAUUUCGACGACUCUGUGAGUCAGAUCAGCAGGUUUAGCACAAGCAGCCACCAUGCCGGCAAGGCCCAUCGCAUCGUCCGCACCAUUCGAAAUAAAUGGAAUCAGCCGGAGGAAGUUGAGGAAAUUGUGUCGGAUCCGCGAGUUUGGAGGGAAUACGUCAAGCGCCGCCACGCUCUGGACGCAGAUGGGCAUAAUGUUUACGACGUUAAGCCUACUGGCGAUCCAGAGUGGGACAAGAAGGAAGCCCAACGUGUUCGCAAAGAACUCGCGCGUCUCGAACGCAACAAGGAGCGUCGCCACGCGCGCGAAAAGCAGAAGGGCAUAUUCCGAGGCCCAGAGGGCACCGCAGAUGCUGGUUCCCCCAGCGCUACCCCGGCGUCAACCGAUGCCACGCCAAAGGGGACGUUGAGGAAGUGUGCUAAUUGCGGACAGGCGGGUCACAUCAAGACGAACAAGAAGUUGUGUCCAAUGCUGAACGGGACGAUGAAGUCGGAGGAUGGCGGGAUGGAUCACGGCUUUGGGGCCGUGGCUGCGCCCAGCUUUGGCUCUUGAGGCCUUGCUGGGGGGAAUUUGUAAUAUGGAGAGGAAACGGUGGGUUUUACUUGCAUUCCAGGAGUUUGAUACCGGUGCUUUUUUUGCAUGGGUUAAAAUUGUAAUUUUCUCGGGGAGGUCAGAAUCCAUAUGGGGCUAGUCGGGAAAUUGCAUGAUAGGGCUGGGCCGUUUGGGAAGUUUAUAUUCGGCUGGUACUGGGAAGCCGCUGGAUGGGAUAUGUUGGGGGGGAGGAAGCAUGCGGGAUAGACUGCAGGCAAAUAUUUACCGAUAGGAGUGUCAACGCAUAAUAAUAUUGUACAAUGGGGGUUUGCAAUGCAGGGUGCUUGUGCGGGUGACUGCUAACUCAGGGGCCAGUGUGUGAGUUCUUUCAAAUCCUAUACUCUCGGUAUUAUAUAUGGAAUCCCUCAUUCUUACUCUACUACAUGGACGAGGAACACAGCGGACGGGUCUGUGGCGUGCUGGGAAACCUUGUCAAAAUCACGGUAAUGGUCUGGGGGAUGAAGGAGACGGAUCGGAGGAUUAGUCUUUCCCAGCACUUGAAUAUUCUCAAAGGAGAGUCCAUAUCGAGCGCCUCUAGGGAGUAGAACAAUCGAGAGGACUGGGCUGGGAUGUGAUGCUCGUUAAGGGGAACAACUUGCGAAUGAGAUUCUGACCAUGGCGGUGGCAGUGGGGUGUUGACAGCAAGGAAUGGAAUGACAGCAGCAGCGCAACGGUGACAGACCCCCCCACCACCUCAAACCAGAAGGGUUCACAACAGACUCGGGGAGCUUGAUUGGGCUCACGGCACUUCUCUUUCCCGUUCAAAAGAAUCGGGAUCGUUGAUUGGGAGAAGGUACUCUCCGAGGUUUCAUCGAGUUCGGUCUUUGCGUGCUUUUUCGGACUGUUAUAUACCUUUUUUCUCUACCUUACUUUGCGCGACACGGGCCUGAUGUCUCGGGAAGGUGAGCUGGAUGUGCUGGAUGUGUGUAUGGGUGUUCAAAAUCCCACUCUUAUAUCGGCCAACAACUCCCACCCACACACCCCAACCCUCCUCCAUCCCAUACAAGUUGAAACAAGUCCAAACAACCCCAUCCCACCUGAAGCCCUCUCCCCCCUCCUCCUCACACCAAAAAAACCCAUAAAACCUCACACAACGAGAAAAUCACACCAAAGGUCACCCCCCCCUUCUCCCCCGC